GCAAUAGUAUGCAGGUGCAAUUGUCAUGGGUUCAAAUGUUCGUGGGUUCAAAUGUAAUGGAACCCCCAAAUACGACUUCUCAAAUUUGUCGUUUAUGUUUGUUAGCAAACGCCGUGGGGGUAAUUCUCGCGGAUUGGAUAUUGGAAUCACUUGAAAGAAUUUCAAAAAUGAAAAUCUUUUCGCGGCACACCAAAAUCAUUUCGCGGCACAUUAGGUGGUUGGGAACCACUGGAUUGGACCAAGAUCAAUGUAUUUGCACCAAAGUGACGGACGAGUUGACGCUCAUUGUUGCAAAAACUAGAUAAAGAUAGGUAGCAGUUGAUUAUGCUAGUUCAUUCUAAUCUUACACCAAAAACACACAAUUGUAUUACAAUCAAAUAUUGCCAUGCGAUACGAACCGUGACAAAAGUACCCUCAAUAUCUUUUACGUGGCGUUUUGCAGACUUGCGAUGGAUUGUGAUUACCCAGAAUACAGAAAUUUUCUGUAUUACAUCAUUGAAAAAUUCUGUAUGGCCAUUCCGGUAAUAUAACCGCGAGUUGACGCUUACAAACUUGUUUACGCGUUCAUAACCAUCAUAUUGAAUAAAAAAUAUUUAAACCCUGUAGCACAGUACUGUAUGUAGUACUGGUUGAUCACCUAAUAUACAUACUAUUUUCGCAAUCUGCUAUUUAUUCUUCAACACUGAACACGACUGAUAUUUGUUUGCACGUUAUCGCCUUCUCUUAUUCGAUAGUUUGGUGAAUACGUACUAUUUUUAAGUACCAAAGUUAAAUUUCUAAACCGCUUGACAUGCGAUUCGCAAUGCUAUUCUAUUUCAAACAUUCAUUGACAUGACAAACCAUGUAAAGUUGAUUCCUUACAAAGCUACAACAUUAAACAUUAACUAAUAUUUCUUUGCACGUCAAACCAACUAUAAUGUUUUUUAAAGAAAUGUGGCAUGCCCGAGGGAAUAGUAGCAUUUUCUUGAAUUCAACGCGUUCGGAUCAUGUACAGCGUUUGGCAGAUCAUUGUAAAGUGGGAAAAGCGCAUAGGCGAGAUGAAGGUAUUAGUAGUCGCAUUUUCAAAAUGUGGUACAAAGACCUUUGCUUCAGCACUUCGCACUCUAGGUUAUUCUGUUUAUGAUUUUGAAGAAAAUCAAAAUUAUCUUAGAGAGGAUUGGAUAAAAAUAAUGACCGAAGGAGGGACGAAAGAAGACUUUUAUCGAAUGUAUAAAGACAUUGAUGCUGCUGCAGACAUCCCUGCUUGUCUUUUCUGGGAAGAAAUUUCUGAAGCGUUCCCUGACGUAAAGCUUAUUUUCACAUGCCGGAGCAGUGAAGAUGAAUGGUUGCAAAGUUACCAACUACAGAUGAAGGCUAUUGCAGAUAAUUACUUUGUUGCUAUAUGGCCGUUUCUCUCUUGGACAGCUUACAAAAAUUUCCAAUUUAGCCACCAUGCAGGCCGCGUAGCGUUCUGUUGCCCUCCACAAAGAAUGAAUCAAGUUUACCAAGGUGGAAGUCCAACUGUUUUGAAGAAGAGAUACAGAGACCACAACACCAGUGUUUUACGGAGGGCACCGAAAGACCGACUUUUAAAAAUGAAUUUGUCAGAUGGAUGGGAACCUCUGUGCAAAUUUCUUGGAAAACCUAUCCCAAACGUCCCUUUUCCACAUAAAAACAAAAAAGGAUCGGUUAUAGAAGAAAUCAUUAAAGAAAGCCCAUUCGCUUGUCAAAUCAAAAAAGAAAUGUCCAUAGCGAUAUUUGUCAUUUCAGUGUUAUUAGCUGUGGGUGUUUUCUUUUUGGGUAGGUCAUUUUUCUGAAAGAUGACCUGAAAAUGGAUUUAAAAGCAUCUCGUGGCACAUCUUAUAAAAUGUUUCAAAUGAUAUAAAUAGAAUAUAAAACUUACUUUGUGUCGAGAAUUUAUUUAGCAGGUUUUGAAAAUAAAUGUCAUAAAUUUGAGAAUCGAAUGCAGAUAAUGUAGGAUAAAAUUUUGUCUCAAUCCUAAUGCAUUGUUUGAUAAGAUUUUACAAAACUGCUGAGGAAAGUCUUGACAGAAAGAGUGGGCAGUAUAAAUUAGCCGAUGCAUAAGUUGUACAAGAAAAAUAUAUAGCGCCAAUAUUAA